GUUCAAAGGUUGGAUAACAAAAUGACAAGUGGUGCAAGAAAGGACGGAGCCCCCACAAUUAACGGUAGUAAUUUACAAAACAACAUAAGAACAAAGAAUCAUGCGGAACAACAGAAAAGAGAGAAAGAAAGACAAGACAGGGAGAGCUUGGUGUUAUGGAAGAGACCCAUAGUCACGGUUGAAUAUUUUAUUAGAGAAGUUAUUAUAUUAUUAUCGACAUAUGGUAAAAAGAUAUUAACAAAUCAGAAACUUGUAUCACUAGGUCUUAUAUCAGUAUUAUCAGUAUACAUAUUAAUGAAUUCCAAAGGACCACAUCAAAAUUUAGUACAAGGGAUGUAUAAGAAAUUAUUAUGGUGUUUAUACUGGAUAGGUUUAG